UUGAAACGACGGCCGGCCAGAAGGCCUAGACUGAGAAGUGGAGAUGGCGAGAGCGGAAGCACUGAACGCGUACAGAUCGCUGCUGAGAGCGACUCGGAAAUCGUUCGCCGGAGACACCGUGAUGCUCAAGGGCUCGGCGGCGGAGGUUCGCCAGAAAUUCGAGGAGAAUAGGGGCGUGACGUCAGAGGAGGAGAUCCAGAGACUGCUUGGCGAGGCACGCGAGGCCUCCAGCUUCAUCUCCACCAUGAUCGUCCAGGCCAAGCUCAACUCCCGCGGCGGCUACGAAGUGAAGGCCGACAAGGACCAUGCCGGAGCUACGCUUGAGAUUCCUUCUGAAGAAAUCCUUCGCAAAUCUUAAUGCAUGAGGAACAAGUGAGAGACAUUGUAUGGCGGCGUUAAGGAUUACAUUUCCCCUAGUUUUUUUUUUAUUUUCUUUUUUUCGCAAAACCCUUCUUUUUCAAAUGUUUUCUGGAACCAUUGUUGUGCUUGAAGCAUUGUUAGUAAGCUAUUUUUCACUCCUUUUUUGUUAGUAAAUGGAAUGGUUUUCCAUAUAAUGAUCUCAGAUAGUUUACCUUUGUUCGACUUCA